ACCUACACGGCACGCGAGAGAGCGAGAGAGAGAGAUUGAGAGAGAGAGAGAGAGAGAGAGAGAGAGAGAGAGCGCUAGGCGAGGUGUGUACCCGCCGGGACAAGAGCGUGUGUAUGUACCGCGCGCACGCAGACACGAACGCGCGGAGAGCGCGGCGCGCCAGUACCGUGUGUGUGAGUCUCUCUCUCGGCCGUGGCCGUCGUCGCCGUAGCCGCGAUACACAGUCCGCGCGUCGCGAGAAGCGAGGGAGAGCGGCCCGCAACGCGAGAAACGCCGAUCAGCCUUCUGCACCGGGAGUUGGCGGUCCUUCCGAUCGUUCGCGUUAACUUUCAAGAUCAACUCGCUGUCUCGCGUUCACCUCGCCUGCAUCACUGGCCCCCCAAGGUGUUUACCUCCGCCGCCAACUGCUGGCGUGGCUCGCCGCAGCCCACUGUGCAGCAGCAGCAGCAGCAGCAGCAGCCGUCCAGCGCCGUCCGGGCGUUAUAACCUCAAAGCCAUCAGCGCAGGCAUUCCGAUCGACCAUCUCUCUCCAUCUCUCUCUCUCUCUAUCUCUCUAUCUCUCUCUGUCGGUUGGCCGCUCAGCUACGCUACUACUCAGCAGAGUCGUGGGUGCGCUCGAGGAAGGUGUGGUUGUGCUCGGGGGCUAAGAGGAUGGCCCCGUACUGCCGUCCACAUGUCCACGGCGAAGCCGAGCGACCCGGGUAGACGAGGUCACCGGAUUUGACGCUUCGGAGCGGAAGAUGUACUAUUGGUUCGGAGCUGCGGACGCGAGCUUAGGAUCGCCCGGUGCGGCCCAGGAACGGCGAGACGACUACUACCACUGCGCUCGACACCGAACUCUCUGCUGCUGUGCUCUCUCCUUUCUCUCUCUAAUUGAAUUAUCAUACGCUUUCUCGGUGUAGUGCGCGCUUUCUGCCCGGAUCUAUCUAUCCGUCGGAGGCUGAUUGUGCGCGCGGGGAGUGUGCACGCACGGGCUGAAACGCACGGGCUGAAACGCACGGUGCUCCAUAAGCAUCUCGCGGUUGGAAGAGAGCGAGACGGACAGAGACAGAGCGAGUGCAAGGGUUGACUCGCGGACGGACCCGACGCUUGCACGCAGCGCGACAUAUACCUACGUAUGUAGGUACCCCCGAGUGUAUACACACACUGACUCUCCGCUCGGCGGAUAGCAGAUACAUCUAUAGACGAAAGAGUGAGUGAGAGAGAGAAAGAGCUAUAAGGCGCAGGAGAGCGAGAACCGGAGUUUGGGAAUAAGCAGAUCGCCGCAGCCGCCGUCGCCGCAUCCCCGCUUUCCCGAUGUAUGUUACGGAUGACGGAGCAUUGAACAAGGUAGCUGUAAAGCAAGAACGUCCAGAUGAAGCGGAAAUCAGGGAAUUGGCUGCCAAAAUGGUGGAAGCACACAAGGCGAAAAUGGGUACUGCGGCUGCCCAAGCAGCAGCCGCAGCAGCUGUUAUUCCAAGAUCGCCUGGGUGCAAUCAAAAUCUAUCAGGACUGCUUGGAUAUUUGAACAAUGUCAGGCGUCCAACACCAGAGACCACCGUGGUCAAGCCUGCCCCAGAAGGUAAAGCACCACUGGACGACGAAAGCCAAAGAGGUCGGUUUGGAUGGACAAGCUUCGGCGACAAUCACAUACCGUACAUAUUUAGGGCCAGUGAAAAAUACUGUGCGGUUAGGAUUCUGGAAUCCAAAUUAUUAAACAAGUACCUCAGUUAUCUUCAUUCAGAUAUUUACAGCUGUACAUGUAUACGAAGCUACUACAUCACUGAGGCCGAAAGCAAACUUCUGAAUGAAAUCAAUCUGAAACACUGUGAAAAUCAGUUUGGUCGUGAGCAAUUCACAUGUAAAGAUUUAGUAGUUCGUUUAGCAGAUGCUAAAGAGUUCUACACCUUCUUAGAUGUAUGUUACACAAAGUUAACUGCUGGAUCCAGUCAAAAUGUGGUAGUUGGACACAAACCAGAUAAAUGUGGAUUUAUACGCAUCAACAAAGAAUCUGUAGUGCCGUAUACCAUAAAAGCAGGCCUCAAAUAUGUCCCAUUGUUUUACUUUGAAGGAGAAACUGAGAAUUUGAAACUUAAAGCAGAAAAACUGGAAGGUUGGGACCUAUCGUACUUAAAGUUCUGCUGUAAGGUACAGGGUAUACGCAAUGAACUGUUUGCUAGUGAGACGUGUUCGGUGAUCAGUUUAAAUGACAUUAAGAGUUACUUCCCUCCGGGUACGGGUUUCGAGGACUAUUGGCCCAGUAAAGUGAUGGACUCCCAGUUAUUAGUGAAUUGCAAAGGUAGCGGUAGUGGUGGAGGCUGGACAAAGCAGCCACCGACUCCACCGGUUGUGAAACAGGCAGUGCAACAAAACAACGUCUCCAAAAAUUCCAUAAAUGCGCGAGGCGCGUCGUUACAGAAUAUGCUACCGCGAAAUUCGCUACCCGCAGCUACUCUGCAAAGAGUCAAUCAGAGGCCUGUGGUCACAACACACCCAGUGCACUCCUCUCCCACAGCCGUGUCCUCAGUGAGAACCAACCAGGUAUCUCAACCAAUGAUGAAUGCUGUUCAGGCUGCUACAGUCAACGGAUGGUCUGGACUUGUUGGAGGGCAACCAACUUUUCCAACACCACUUGUUUCACAGGCCAAUUCUAUCAUAAGAAUGAGUGCAGCUAAUUUGAACAUGCAUAAUCAGUUAUCAUCAGCAACUAAAACGUAUACACAACAAUCAUCUAGAAGUAGAGGGAGCUCGGGCACUUCUCAGCAGUAUCCAGUUUAUCCCAAUACAACUAUGCAAACAGCUGUACCACCACCUCUUAUUCGAGCAACUGCGCAUUCCAGUCAACCCAAUCUAGGGGUAUCUACAACAUACACAACUCCAAGUUUAGGUGUACCUAAUCCUGUAACAGCAAGCACAUAUCCACAAAUGCUUGGUCUGAGUGCAGAGCAGGUCCAAGCUUUGAUGCCGCCACAGACGUCGGCAGCUUCGCUGAUGACGCACCCUCAGAGACACACGCCACCCAUUUUGAACACCAGUCACGCCGGUCAUACAAUCCACACAAGUCAAAACACAAGUCACACAAGUCAUGCAAAGUAUCCACCUCCUCUCAUACCAGUGAACGGCAGCAGCAAUAACAAUAGGGAUGCCAGAGGUAGAAAACCUUUAAUACCCAUAGUUGAAACGCACCCUUCUAUCAAUUGCCACGUUCAGCCUUACCAAGUGCAAAAGGCAUUAGUUGAGGAUAAACUGGUACCUUGCAUCAAUUUCAAGCCAUACGUUUAUUCAGAGCUCUUGAUGACGUUGCCUGAUUUUGUGGCUCAGUAUUUUCCUGCCUGUGAUGUUGAUGAUUGUAGGCAAGUUCUGACCGACGUUUUGAUGGUGGAGCUUUAUCAAGGAAACAGACUGCAAAUGGAAAUGCUGAUGAAGAACGGCAAGUGUUCUUCAUUGACGGAAGAGCUUCCAUUGAUUCAAGUACGCAGUAUCAUGAAGUACAUGCCACAGCUGAAGUAUAUGUUAAACAACCGUAACAUGGGUAUGCCUACGACGCCGCAACCCGCUCACUCGUCCGAGGAGCAUCCGGCGAAGAAACGUCAGCGUACCAGCUAGGAUUGGCUACAGCCUUACUGGCCGACCUAUGACUAUUAUCACUCCGCCUUCUAGAAUGUUCGAGGGCCUGGAGCAUGCAAGGAAAGAGGCUUCUACCAAGUGGAAAUAAACGGAAAGAGUGUAGAAGUGCGGGAUUUCUUUUAUUUGUGUUUAGAGAAGUUCUUACGUCAGUGUCGAAAUGAACGAUAUAUUCGAAUAAAAAAGGAGGACCCUGUCAGUGCAACGAACAUGCCCGUUUUAUGUUCUUUUUAUUGCAUUGGAAGACAAUUGGCGGUGUAUUGCACAAUACUCGCACAUUCGCGUUGAGUUAUCCAUUAGAAACGGGGUAAGAGGUAUUUAUAUCUCGAAGGUGAAGGUGUGAUAGUGGAAAACAGGAUGAUGAGUAUGGAAUAAUGUGCAGUCUUUCCUCCUCUUAAAAGAAAGAUCCACUAUGACAAGAAUGUAAAUAAAGAAUGAGAGAAAAGAAAAAGCAGAGGCUGAGUAACGGACCCUUUGAAUCUUUACUGUUCAGUUUGAAUUUGAAUAUCAAGAUUUUGUUAAUUGAUGGUUAAAAUAUCAUUCAUUUUGUUUGUAAUAGGUCUUAAAAUUAUAUCAGAAUUUUUGUAAUCAAUGAGUGCGAUAGCGCUCCGAUGGCAAGUCUAAGUAUAACGUAUCUUACACUGUGCCAUUGGUAGCCAUCCCACGUAGAUAAUAUUUUGGUUCAUUAUUACAAAAAAAAAAGAAAAAAAAAACGUUAAAAUAGUUUUCUCUGCUGAUUAAUUCUUUUAUUACGUAUAAAUUAAUUAGACAACUCGUUGUAGUGAAUUGAAUUGAACGGAUUCUGAUUCAAAGCGCUGUAUGCCAAAGCCUCACCAAGUUCCUAGUUAUUACAUAUGUAAUCCGAUUCAAAUGUCACAGGCAUUUUUCUGCUAUCUGCUCAGAUGUGCAGUGUAUUAUUUAUACGCGUAGAUUAAUUGAACGGUUUCUUCAAAAAGUAAAGUUUUUCUCAAGGAAAAAAUUAUUGAAUUUAACGACUUAAUCUUGAAAACUACAUAUGUACUGUUAGGUACCAAGUGAAGUUUACUGUAAUGCGGUGGCGUCAAUUUUUAUUUUAUACAAUAGAUUACAGUUUCAAACAAUUAAAUUUUGAUUUAUUUAUUGAAAAUUUAAUUAACCACAUUUUAAUUAUUUAUUGCAUUUUAAUAGAUUUUUGACUACUGUAAUCAAAUUGAUACACUGAUAUGAUCAUGGUAAUUAAUAGCUGAACGUUAAUAUAAUGUUCUGAAGCUUCAAAUUAAAAAAAUGAGUUGUAUUUAUUAUUUAUUUAACAUGCAUUCGUGUAUAUUAAAUAUUAGUAGUCUUCCGCCAGAAUCGCGUUGCAUUUAAAAGCACGCGAAGACUAAUGAUUGGAAUCCAUAGCUUUUAAUAAAGACCACUUGAAUUGAAGAAACCGUUGUCAAAAGUUUUCCAUGCUACACGACCCUAUAGGUAAUACUGAAAAAAAAGAUUGCCUGAUACAAAGAGGCUAUAUUGACCUGUCAUAAUGAAAUGGACUAUUGCAAACAGGAAUGGGAAAGAAGACAAAAAGUAUGUAACUAAUGUCGACUGACAGUUUCUGAAGUUCGCUAAAGAAAUUGUAAAAAGCUCUAAAUAUGUAUAUUUCGAGACGAGAAAUAAGUGUAUAUAUAAAAACUUAGACUAUGGUAUUAAAUUCACGCACGCCUCGCGCGCCUGAAUUCUAUAUCUGUCGGUAAUAAAGACAAAAAAAACAAAAGACACUUGCUUAGUAAAAAAAAGAAGAUAAAACAAAUAUCCUGUUACGGUGAAAAUGGUAUAUUUUAUUUAUAAUUGAAGUCAAAAUGUGACUUGAAAGAUUCUAUUUGCCAUUAAAAAGAUUACAGGAAACGGACUGGCUUCGUUGGAAAAUUAUCCGCGUCGUCGAUCACACCAUGUCUUUUUAUGUAUCGUUUCACCUCAUAGUUGUGUUUGCAUAAUUUGAAAAUAAGCAAUUUACAAGGUUACACAGACAGAGUAACAAAAUAAAUUCCUUCUUUUAUUAUUUUGUUACUUUUAAAGAAGCGAAGAAUCUUUGAAGAAUUUCCUUUGGAUUAAAUAACAAAAAAACACAUAAAAAUGAAUCAGAAUAAAAAUAACAGUUCUCGUUUUUUAUAUGUGAAAAUAAAAUUUGCAUAAAUUUGUUUGAUUACAAAAUUAUUUUAAAUGCAAACCUAUAGUACAGAAAAAAAAAACAGUUUUGAACGUGUACUACCAGCUACAGUUUUUUAACCAAGUUAAGAAGAAUGUUUACUUUUUAUAAUUGAAUAUUUGAAAUUGUGUGACUGAAUAAAAUUAAUAAAAUCAAUCGGUUGAUGGAGAAAAUCCACAAAGACUGCUAAUAGACAUCAAUUAUAUAAAUCUUGCAAAGUGUAGGAAUUUCUUGUGUUUCUACAAUUUUUUAAUUUAAACGCUCAAUUAUAAUCUAUCUAUCUCUGUCACUCUUAUCCAACUUUAUAAUAUGGUAUUUCGGUUAUCGGCUCUAUUUUAGCUUAAUACUGUCAUAGUUGUAAUUGAAAGAAAAAAAUAAGUAAAUAAGAAAAACGAAGAAGGUGCGAUAAUAAACGUAGAAACCACUAAAGGUAUUUUGUAUAUCACUGAAUCUCGAGAGAACAGAACUGUGCGAGGCCCUUAAGUCCAAAAUUUAGAUUUUAAUUGUAAUUAUUAAGUAACUCGUUAGUUUAGAGCAUUUAUUUGUUAAACGAAACUUGUUAAAAUAAUACGUGUAUUAUAAUUUAUCACUUCGUCGUCUGUAAAUAUAACUCAUAAGAAGUAAACUAGAAAUAAUAGAUAUUUCAAAUAAAAUCGUGAUAAAUGAAA